GUCCAAAUUUUCAGCAACACUCGAGGCCUCAACUCUCAUUGGUCAAUUACGUUAUAGUUUUCCUUUCGUGAACGAUGAUUGAUCCAAAAAAUAUGGAUGUGGAUGUUUCCGAAUAAUUCACUCACUCAUUCAUUCAUUCGUUCAUGUGAACACAAUCGAUUUUUUCUUAUCUUCACAUCACAUUCAUUUAUCGAAUCUAGACCACGACGCCGACCAUAUCUUUGGUGUGAGAUCUGAAGUUUGACUUGCACUGGAUCGAACAAUAAACUCUCAAAAACAUCUCCACCAUGGCGACACAAUCGUACCCAGAGGGUAGAGUCCUCAUCAUUAUGACAGGAGGUACCAUUUGUAUGAAAUCUUCCCCGGAAGGCUUGGUUCCAGCGAGAGGGUUCCUCAAAGAAGGAAUGGCGACUAGACCGUCAUUCAACGACGGCUCAAAUCCAGAUCCUAUGCCUGUCAUGAUCACAAACACUACAGAAGAAUAUUUACCCAGUUUACGUACCCCUCCAAGCACGUAUUCUCGACAUGUUCGUUAUACCUUGUACGAAUUUCCCGUCUUGCUCGAUUCUUCAUCAAUAUCUUCAAAUGGCUGGACACAAAUAGCGACCACGAUUGAAAGAAAUUAUCAUUUAUUCGAUGGUUUCGUUGUUCUUCAUGGUACAGAUAGUUUGGCAUACACGAGUUCAGCUUUAUCUUUCAUGCUGUCCCAUCUUGGAAAACCUGUUAUUCUUACGGGAUCUCAAGCUUCAAUCUUUGCUCUUCAAUCUGACGCCGUGGACAACCUUCUUGGAUCAUUAAUCAUAGCCGGAACCUUUAUGAUCCCGGAAGUAUGUCUUUUCUUUCAUCACAAUUUAUUCCGUGGAAAUCGCACUACCAAAGUUUCGGCUACCUCCUUUGAUGCUUUUGCUUCACCAAAUUGUGAACCUUUAGCAAAAGUGACUGCUUUAGGAGCAACCGUCAACUGGAAUCUCGUUCGUCGUCCACGAUCGAUCGCUAAAUUCGGAGUACAAUUAAACCUUGAUACUUCCCACGUAGCAUGUCUUCGUAUCUUCCCUGGUAUCAAACCAGAAAUGAUUGAUGCCGUCCUUCGUAUUCCAAACCUCCGUGGCCUUAUUCUCGAAACUUUCGGAGCCGGUAACGCACCCAGUGGAGAUGAUGGAAGUAUGAUCAAAAUCAUGAAAGAGGCAUGCGAGAGAGGUGUAAUCAUAGUCAAUGUAUCACAAUGCCACUCCGGCUCCGUGUCCCCGCUGUACGCACCAGCCACCAUUUUAGGCAGAGCAGGUGUAGUUUUCGGUCACGAUUUAACAACAGAAGCUGCACUCACUAAACUUUCUUUCCUCCUCGCUCUUCCUGAUCUUACAUACGACGAUGUCACCAUGCAAAUGCAAUGUUCCAUUCGUGGAGAAAUGACCGAGGAAGGUAGCACAGCUUUUUCACAUCCACCAACCGAAGUCGCAGUUACAGCUCAACAACACGCUUUUACGGGAUUAGGAUAUGCAAUUGAGAAAGGUGAUUCAAAUGCCAUUAUCAAUAUCCUCGACCAUGAUCGAGCUGGUCUUCUUCAAACAACCGAUUACGUAGGAAACACCGCUUUACAUUUGGGGGCUGUAGGUCCUUCCGUAGAACUUUUAAGAGAAUUACUCAAGCGCGGCGCAAGCGUACACGCCCGCAAUAAAGCGGGGAAUACCCCGUUGUUUUUGGCGAGGAAGGCAGGAGAGAAACAGAUAGAACAUGUGAAGGUUUUGGAGGAGGCGGGAGGUCAUUUGUGGGUUGAGGAGAGGGAGCAGUGAUGAGUGAUGAGGAUGGGGAGGGGAUAGAGAGGGGGGUUGAUGAUGGCAUUGAUAGUUGGCUAGAUGAUAGAUACAUGGAUUGUAGAUGAGAGAUGAGAGAUGAUAAAUGUGAUAAGAUGAUGAGAUGAUAGAUAUGAUGAGAAAUGAAAGAAUGAAAGAAUCAGAAAUUGGCACGGGGAAUAAGCGUUGUUAGAGAAAUAUAAAUUUCAAAUAUCAAAUACUUAUUAAUCCA